AUGUGUCCCACAGCCAGAACCAAGCUCUUGCUCCUCCUUGCAGUAGCAGCCUCCACCAUUCCCUUCACCUCCAAUGGCUUGGUGCAUGUGCCACGCCAGCCGGCCAGCCAUGCCAACGGCACCGGCACCGGCACGAUGUGUCUGCCACAUGAAAGGGAGGCCUUGCUAGCGUUCAAGCGAGGCAUCACCAAAGACCCGUUGGGCCAACUCGCCUCGUGGCAGCGACAUGGGCUGAAGGACUGCUGCCGCUGGAGGGGAGUCCAGUGCGAUGACCGCACCGGGCAUGUCCUCGAGCUUCAUCUUCGCAACUUGCACGCGAAUAACACGCUUCUCAUCGAUGAUCAACUAACAGCUUUGGUCGGUGAGAUAAGUCCUUCUUUGCUCGCCUUGCAGCAUUUGGAACACCUUGAUCUCAGCGUGCAAGCACUCCAGGGGCCCACUGGUCGUGUCCCGGAGUUCUUGGUCUCUUUCAAGAACCUAAGAUAUCUUAACCUCUCUUGCGUACCAUUUUUCAGUGAUUUGCCGCCUCAUCUUGGUAACCUCUCAAAGUUGCAAUUCCUUGACCUCUCCCAAGCUAACAUGGUUUAUGUCUCAUCGGGUGGACCACCAAUGCACUCCAAAGAUAUCUCAUGGUUAACCCGCAUGCCUUUGUUAAGGUACCUCAACAUGCAAAUGGUAAACCUUAGCAUGGUGGCCGAUUGGCCUCGUGUUGCCAACAUGAUUCCUUCUUUGAGAGUCCUUUGUCUAUCCCAAUGCUCACUUGAAAGCGCAAAACACUCGCUCUUGCACUCCAACCUCACCAAUCUUGUAGAGCUUGAUCUCUCUGGCAACGACUUUGACCAACCACUUGCAUCUUGCUGGUUUUGGAAUAUAACAAGCAUUAGAUACCUCAACCUUCGGUCUACCAAUAUGUAUGGCCAGUUUCCAAAUUCUCUAGGAGAUUUGAAAUCCCUUCAAGCCCUUGCCUUUUCAAUUGAUAGGUUGGGCUCCAUGACAGCAAGCAUGAGAAAUUUGUGCAAUCUUGAAGUCCUAGAUCUCAGCAAUAGCCUGUUGGAUGAAAACAUUAGAGACACAUUCGAAAGGUUACCUCAGUGUUCGCCUAACAAGUUGAAAGAAUUACAUCUGGAGAACAAUAAUAUCACUGGAGUCCUACCAAACUUCAUAGAGGAAUUCAUCAACAUUGUCAUCCUCGACCUCUCCAACAACCAUAUAACUGGGCAUGUGCCUCCUGAGAUUGGAAGGUUCAGAAAUUUAACUAGCUUGGACCUAAGCAGUAACAGACUUGGAGGUGUGAUUACACAAGAACACUUUGCAAAUCUGAGCAGUUUAGAACACAUAGACUUAUCCUAUAAUUCCUUGAAGAUUGUGGUGGAGCCCGAAUGGCGGGCACCAUUUAGUCUCGUUACAGCUGGUUUUGCAUAUUGUCAAAUGAAUUUGUUUCCUGCUUGGCUAGAAGGGCAGGUGGGUCUCUCUUUUUUGGAUCUUACGAGUGCAAGUAUAAAGGACAAACUUCCAAAAUGGUUUUCUACUACAUUUGCAAAUGUUAUCAAAUUGUACCUUUCGGCCAAUGAAAUCUAUGGUAGAUUGCCAACAAACAUGGAUGUUAUGACAUCAUUGAGCUACCUAUAUUUGGAUUCAAACCAGCUAAGUGGUGGAAUACCCCAAUUGCCAAUGUCGCUGAGCAUAUUGGACAUCUCCAUGAACUCUUUAUCGGGACCUUUCCCGGAAAAUUUUGCAGCUUUAGAUAUAUGGUUUCUAAGACUAUCUUCCAAUAGUCUCACCGGUCAAAUUCCAGAGUCUUUGUGCCAAAUGCAUUACCUGCAGAUCUUAGUGCUAAGCAACAACCUUUUUGAAGGGGAAUUUCCUCGAUGUUUCGAGACAAGCAGCCUGAUGAUGUUACUUUUAAGUAACAAUAGGCUAUCUGGAAUGUUCCCAGCAUUUUUGCGGAAAAACACAAAUCUCGAAGUCCUUGACUUGUCACAAAAUGAGUUCUCUGGAAGAGUGCCUAUGUGGAUUGGAGAAUUAGUGAGCCUAGAGAUACUACAACUGAGCUAUAACACGUUCUCUCAUAGUAUUCCUUCAACCAUUACAAAUCUUAGUAGCCUUAUUCAACUGAAUCUAGCAGGCAACAGCAUAUCAGGUGUCAUACCGUGGAACUUAUCAAGUUUAACUGGUAUGACAAGUGAGGGUAGUCCGAGUUCUUUAACCGACCCUAGAUAUGAUAUUUAUAUGCAUGUGUUCACAAAGAGUCAAGAACUUAAUUAUCAAGAUGAUGCAAUACUUAGAGUGGUGAUCAUGGACUUGUCAUCAAAUUUUUUAACUGGUGGGAUUCCAGAAGAUAUAUCAUCUCUUGAUGCAAUUGUAGGUUUGAAUUUGUCACAGAAUCACCUGAUUGGGAAAUUUUCAAACAAGAUUGGGGUCAUGAAGUCGUUACAAUCACUGGACCUCUCAAGGAACAAGCUUUCUGGAGAAAUACCACCAAGCUUGUUAAAUCUGACAUAUUUAAGCAGCUUGGACUUGUCUUACAACGAUCUUGCGGGGCAAAUACCAUCAGGAGGCCAACUUGACACCCUCUAUCUACAACAUCCAUCUAUGUACGAUGGCAACAAUGGUCUUUGCGGACCUCCACUCCCUAAGAAUUGCUCAGGAAACAAUGCAGCAAGGCAUGAUGUUCAAACGACACAUAGUACAUAUUCCGAUCCAAUGUCCUUCUACUUUGGGCUCGGAAUAGGAUUUGUCAUCGGUCUUUGGGUGGUGUUCUGUGCCAUGUUAUUCAAGAAAGCAUGGAGGAUUGCCUAUUUCCGGCUCUUCGACAAGAAGUCUGGCGGGGAGAAGAAUGAAGACAAAAGGAAAAUCAGAAUAGGCAACUGGGCCUUGUGA